AAUUUGGCGAUGGCGCGCAGGCAGACAUCUCGUUUAUCCGACUCUCAUACCACCUAGUCUCAGCGCCUUUGUUGGGCAAUGUCUGUAGUUACUGACCUGCUGCACUGAUUUUCUUCCUUGUCGUGGCUGCCUCUCGACGCGCGACGUCGCCCGUACCCCUAUCGUGAAUCACAUUGACCUUGCUGAGCUUGCAGACCUCAUGUAUCUUCAAUAGCAACGGCGUCACGCCUAUACGUUCCUUCCUUCCCUAAGCCCCUACAUUUACGACUAUCUGCAUCAUGGCAGACCAACAGAUCAACCUCGUCGACCACACAGACGACGACAACACAUCUCAACCACAGGCUGAGCAAGAACAAGCGCCGCGCACAGCCGACUCGCACAUCGACAUCCUCUACGAGAACCAGCGCGGAUGGUUCGUCUUCGGCAUACCGCUCUUCUCGUCGAAAGCAUUAUGGAACUUCAGACUCGACCCCUCGCCGUGGCUGGACGCCAAGCUGAAACCCUCGCCCGUCAACAUCACAAACGCGCAAGUACCCGACCCUAGUUGGGCAUGGGACUGGAAGAGCUGGUAUGUGGACAUGAGCCUCGACGUCGACGAGGAGGGCUGGCAGUACAGUUUGCUGUUCAAGGGCUCUGCGUGGCACGGCAACCACCCCUGGUUUCAUAGCUUCGUCAGGAGACGGCGCUGGUUGCGCAGGCGAAUGAAGCGCAAGAUGCCACCGAAAACGAAGGAGGGCGUACGAGAGAGAUUGUUUGGGGAAGCUUUCAGCAUUGGUCCGACGCUGGCGAGGACAAACACCGUUGGGCUUGCAAGUCUCCAGAACAGCAACAACGCCUCUAUAGAUGAUGAGAUCAGGGAUGUUACGACACUGAUGAGAUGGCUUAAGAGGUCGGCCAUUGAUCGCGAGAAGAUCAACAUAGUCCACAAAUUCAUCGACGAGGGAGGGGACGAACUACACUACCUCGCCGAGCAGAUUCCUGCUAUCAUGUCGAUGUUGAUAUUUCAAAACUCGCGCCGCCAGCUUCUCUCCACAAUCAUGGACCGCUUCGAAGACGCAAAAUCGCAUCGCGAAGAGCACGAAAAGAGCGGAACACCCGAAGGCGACGCCGAAUCGCGCAGGAUCGAUAACCUGCUCAAGUCGAUCGAGGCGGCUGAUGCAGAGUGCAAAAAGCUGGAGUUCUGGAGUGACAUAAGAACGCUGGCACAAGAGGGCACGGCAGGCAACGCUACAGAUCCGAACAGUGGGUGGGACGAGAAGUGGCAGGGUUUGGAUGAGAGCGGGGCGAAACACCCUGAGGCUGGAGGGCGGAGUGAGGGAGUAAAGGUGGAUGUGUAGAUUGGGGAUUGCUAUUCUUGGAGUUUGGACAUGAGACGAAUUGGGCAUCUUUACACGAAGGAGUUUGGCCUAAAACAACAUGGCAGCGGGGAAGAUCAUCGAUUC